CGUCGUGUCCGUCUACGGUAUCGGUUGUGGUUUUCUGGGUCUCCGCAGAAACAGCUGCUCUGGUGGCUGUGUGGCAGCAUCAACGCGUACAAAACUUCGUUCGGCCGUAUCGAGCGCGCGGUAAACAUCUGUGCCGCAUCAUUAUCUCGCACAACGGGAACAUAAUGUGCCAGCUGCGUUGCGUUCAUUCUGUCGGUCUAGCAGUAGUUGACAGCUGCAUGCGAACCGUAUCGCGUUGAGGCCCCCUUUUUGUUCCUUUUCCUGCUGCUAUAUUUUGACCGAGCGGGUUUUGCUAAAAGUGGCCAACGUUAAACAGUCGAAUCCGUCGAACCGUUGUUGACGAAAACUGUGUGACGCACACGGGGGAAAAAUCGUAUUGCAGAACAGAUUAUCCACACACGUGUUUUACCCGUCAGGUGCCAUCGGUUGGUGUGUUGUUGUUUAAAGUGCGUUUUUUGUAUUCUUUCAUUGACGUAAAGGUAAAGUUCAAUAACAAAAUUUUUACUAUCAAACAAAGUUGUGUAAUGUUCAAACCUUGAUGGUGUACCGGGAAACAGGCAUGCUUAGUUUCAAAGUGUAAUCAUGACGCUGGUUUAAACAAAAAAAAAACCCCGUUUACCGUGUUGCUUGUUGUGUACGAAAAGGAAAGGUUCAACCCUACGACGAUCAGCUGUUUUAACGCCCCGAAUACCGUUUGGGGGUGUUUGCACGAGGAACGUAUUUUUCGGUCUGUUACUCGCACAAGUUUUUACACAAGUGUUGGUGUGCGAAACCCCCCUCCAAAACAGAACGCCUUCCGGUGAAACACGUGCGCGCGUUCCCGAUCACUCUCUCUUACUCACUCUCUCCGUGUGCUGUUUGCUCUCACGUCCUGCCGUUCGUUCGUUAUCCUUCCGGUACAUCCGGGGGUACAUCGCAAGAAGUUUGUCGAACAAGAAGUUGUGUGUGGGUGUUUUUGUGCAAAGUGGUGUUAUUACCCUUAAUCGAGUGUUUUGGUUUGGUGCCGGCAUUGAAGAAUAAGCGUACUUUCUUCCUUUCCGAGACAACAUCACCUACGAGGACAUCCGCUAGUGCUCACCAAAAACGAAAAAAAAAUCGAGAAGCAAAAGAUGGCACUUGAUGGUAAAGCAAUCAAAGAAGAGAUACCAGAUAAAGAUACGUACGAGACGAGUGCUCGUAAAUUGAAAGGCAAAGAACAAUGCCGCACACCGGACUCACCGGAGGGGGCACGGGUAGUGGCACCCCGGUCGCCCAUCUCACCGCAGAUCUCGCAACAUCACAGCACGCUGGUACCGCCAAGAUCGGCCUCGUCACAAGUCAAUCGCCACGGGAGCUCAUCGCCGACCGGAACUGUCAAUGGCAGUGGCGGUAGUCUCGGCAGCCUGACGCCACCGCCGGCAAUCACGCCCGCUUCGGCGGCUGCCGUUGCUGCAGCGGCUGCUGCUGCCGCCGCCCAGCAGGACACCGCCAAGCUGCUGAAGAUCCGCCGAUUCCUUGGUGCGCUCGUUCAGUUCGGCCAGGAUGCGAACGUCGACACCGGUGAUCGGGUGCGCGCUUUGGUACUCUCACUAGCGAGCGGUGCCAUCACGGUGGAUGAAUUUCAACUAGCGGUACAGGAAGCGACGAACUUUCCUUUGCGUACCAACGUCGUACCGUUCCUAAAGUCGCACGUUCCGGUACUGCAGCGUGAGAUCAACAUUCUUGCACGAUCAAACAAGCAGACAUCAGCACAGUACGUCAGAUCGAACGAAAGCAGCGUUAUGGAGUACGUACAGAACUUAGCCGAAACGGCUGAAAUAUUUUUGCCACACGAGGGAACCUUCGCCUCGUCGGUAACAGCUGCCGCAGCGGCUGCUGCAGCCGCCGCAGCUGCCGUUGCAAGUGGUGCUGCUUCCGGAGGACCUACAGCCGGUGCAACCGUAAACGGGUUGGGACUGAAACGACGAGCUUCUGAUAACAAAUCUUGCUUCAGCUUAUACGACACACAUUCGUCGGGACCUCCAGAAUGGAGUGAUUACGUGCUACCACCAACCAAACGUCCCCAUCCGUCGCUUCUGUUGGCAUCCGGUGCAUCGCAACUCUAUCCUGGCCACCCGGCUCUCUUCGAAUAUCAAAACGGUGGCUUACAUCCACAUUCCGAUGGUUUGCAUUCCAUUCAUCGAGACGACCGGGAUUUGCGAGCUGGCUCAACCGAAUCUCAUCGGCCACCGAGAAUUCCACCGGGCGGGGGAAGUGGUGGUGGCGCUGGCGGUGGUAGCAGUACCGGCAGCACUGGUAAUGGUACUGGAGGUAACAGCAGUAUAGGCGGUGGCUCGAUUGGUGGCGCAAGUGGCGAAGAGGAGUGGAAAAACAUUCACACAAUGCUGACCUGCAUUUCGGCAAUGGUGGAGAAAACGAAGCGAGCUAUCUCGAUUCUGCAGCAGCGUGGUAUCGAUAACAGUCAUGCGCGAGAUCAUCAGGACACCUCGAUGGCAGAUAUCAAGAGACAAACGGAGGAAAAAAUAUCCGAAUUUCGGCGCACUGCCGAAGAGUCCGUUAAUCAGGUUAAGCGACAAGCCGUUAUGGAGAUACAGCGUGCCGUUGCGGCUGCAGAAGCAAGAACACUGGAGAUGAUCGCCCAGGAACGGUUAAAGAUGGAGAAGCUGUACGCUGACAUACAUCGCAACAGUGCCGAUGACACAGAGCCACCCAUCACGAGUGGUAGUCAGAAUGCUUGCUGGAACUGUGGACGAAAGGCAAACGAAACCUGUUCCGGCUGUAAUUUGGCACGGUACUGUGGAUCAUUCUGUCAGCAUAAGGAUUGGGAUCAACACCAUCAGGUUUGCGGUACAUCACGUGCGGAGAACAGCUUUCAAAAGCACACGCAGAGCUCCCGUACGUCUAUAGCAUCGCGUUCGACUACGCCUCAGCAGCAGAGCAACAGUACAUCGAACGGUACGGCUUCCGCUGCAAAAUGACGGACUAAACCGCUGAAACCUAAGAAAAAGUAUCUGUGCUAGUCAAAUUACCGUAGUGUGUUGAACCUUCAGGCUAGGAACCGUUCCGGAACGGUUGGUUCAUGUUGGGAAGAAGAAUCGUGCCACGCACGACCAUGAUCCCUCUCGUCAGCAUCUGUUUCGAUAUCUUUAUCUCGUCUUAGUCGGAUAGGCUGGUAGGUGUGUUUCAGUAAUUUUAACCAUAGACGUACGAAUACAACCUUUUACGAUUUAUCCUACUGGUGUACGGUCCGAAUGAAUUGUUAGCGCGUAAAGUUUAUUGUUUAUUUUGUAGCUAAAGUUAGUUCAAUACCUAAGUUCAUUACACCCAGUGCAAUAUAACGUUUCAUUUUUGUUUUAAAUUAUCCUUUUGUCUUACGGUAUGAUAACACGGUAGGGAAGGUUUAGGGAUAGCAAAGAGCCAAAAGUAAAGUUUAUUACUAAAAUCCCAAAGUAGAUGUUGACCAAAAUAAUUAUUAAAUUUAGCCGUAGCUAUUGUAAGCAAGCGGAAGCAGUUGGCAGACGUAAUAUUACUACAAUAGAGCAAACCUAAGCUCACUCACAUAGCUGUAGAUCUACACACUGAAUGACACAACUUCUCUGAAUGCACUAAAAUCUGCACAACUGAUCGUUUUUUGUGUAAGCACUACCCCUACAAAUACAAUAUCAAACGUCUAACGUCGUGAAUCAUAAAUAGAAGUAACGUUUUUUGCGAUCGUACGAUGCUUAAUGUUAAUUUUUUCUCAUGACACGAUCGUGAAGAUCGUACG